AAUGGCGCCAAUGUGUGAACUGGAUUUUAAUAAACAACAAAUCUUUAUGCGCCUAAUAAUGGACGACUAGCACCAAAUGUCUGUUAAUAGCCUAGCCUGCUUUCAAGCUAGGAGAUAUCGAAAACACCAAUUAAGGAAGAAACAAACGGCAAAUUUUAUUUUAAGUUUCUUAAUGUUUUCUUGAGUUGAGGGGUCCCAAACGGAGGAUGCAUAUUCUAUUAUUGGCCUAACCAAGAUUAAAAGAUCAUGAAUGAGAGUGAAGAAUAUCGUUCUAAGCUUCGUACUCCUAAUAAAAGAAAACUAGACAUUGCAUCAUGGGGAAACUCAUCACCACUUGCAGAAUUUGGAGAGUUCUCAAACUUUUUGAAUACUCCUAGCCCUGUAAAGAGGCAGCAGUACUGCACACCUGAUCUGCAAUCUGGCUUUAGCCCCCACAAGUCAGGCUAUUUGUUGCGUACACCAAGUCCCCAUAAGUCAAGUGGCUAUUCUAGUCCCAUAAGAAGUAACAUAAAGAGAGAAUGUAAAGGCACACCAAGCCCCCACAAAGCUGCCUCGGGAGCCGAUCUGUUUGGUAAUCGGUCUCUUCUCGAUAAUCUACCGAUUCCAGAUUGGGAUGAUAAUUUUUUAGAUAAUUUUCAAGAAGGCUUAUUUGGUUUAGGCAGUGAAGACUUGGAGGGACUAAUUAGAAGCCCAGCCAAAAGCCCCAGGCGAAACCAACCGUUUUUAACCAAUAGCCCUUUCAAGAAAUCUUCGCCAAAUGUUAGCCCGUUUAAAAAUCCACUUCUUACGUCGAGUCCAAAGCUACCCGAGGAUAGCCCAAGUGGGUCGCUAGUAAAAACUCCGGGAGUGGUUGGCGGUCGCCCAUUAACUAGACAAAGAAAGCUUUUUCUGCAAAGUCCUGAACGUCAUGUGCCAUCAACAAGUACAAUUAAUUGGCCAACCCCUUUGCCAUUCUCAUCAUUUGAUGAUACCACUUCCUCUAUGCUUAGUGAUAUGGGAAAUGAAACAACUGCUUCCACACAAAGCAUUUCAACAUAUAUGAAACAAAUUGACUGUGAGGCCAAUGAUGAUUAUCCAGUGCUCCCUCCUGUAGGCUGGACAGUCCCAGGCCACUCGGCUAGUGUAAUGUCCUCCGAAAAACUAAACCACAAAGGGAAAGGGAAAAGCCUGAAACACAAGCAAAGUUCCAACACGGGACAUAAUACAUCAUCUUCCUCUGCUGGCAGCUUAAAUACUUCAGGCUCAAAGAAGGUCAAACCUGAGCCUCAGUUCACUUUAUUGAGACCCCAUGCAGAGAUUCACAACAGUCAGAUCUGCCUGAGGAUGGCACCUCGAACACCACCCAACAAAAUUAAGAUUUCAAGAGACUUCUCUCAGAUUCAGACUCUGCCGUCCAAAGAGCGGCUGCGCAUUGUGCGCAACAGGUUCCGCGAGACAUUAAACAGGGCUGUGGAGUUAGUUAUUGAAAAAGAAAAGAAAUUAAAAGAGCAAAAUGUAUGUGAGCCCCCUACUCAAUCUGCUCCUUUAAAUAAACCAAUGAGAACAAUACAGCCUGCCCCACCAUGUACGGCAGCACCUAAGCCCAUGAGAACAAUACAGCCUGCUAUUCUUCCAAAUUUGUUUCCUAAUUUUAAUGUGCAUGGACUUGGAUAUCCUGCUAAAACGCAAAUAUUAAAAAAGAAGAAAAGAUAAACAUUAACUUAAUGUCAAACAUUUGUUUGUAUGUUGAUAUACUUUAUUUAUUAUUAUUCUAAAAGUAAGAGCAAUAGAUAAUAUACAGGGAAAAAAAAAUAUUGCCCUACAUAUUAAAUUGCUUUUAAUUUGAUCAGCCCAUAUUUUUAGAAUAGUUCAUUUGCCCCAGGCAACUUAAAUUUGUCAUAGGUGGGUUAAUUUGUAAAAUUUCCUAAAAGUAUGCUUUGUUUAAUCACGACUUUUAACUGUUAAACCAUUUUUUUAUUUAAUGGUAAUUUUUCUAAAAUAAUUUUGUAAGCUAGCUUCUCUUUUUAUCCAAACAUUUUGUGGCAUUUUUUUUUUUAAACCCAAUCCUACAUGUAGAUCAAGUUCCUUCAAUUAAUGAACCAUCAUACACAAUAUAUAAAAAAAGAAGCUCCACAAACUUAAUUUUCAAUAGCCAAAGACUAAAUCCAUUCUUUGAACACUUUGAUGCGCUACCACUAUUUAUACAUCAGUUUUGUAUCCCAAUACAAUUUAUUUAUUCUCUUAAUUAUUUUUUUUUUAUUCAAACUUGUGAUUUGUGUACAGUUUGCCCUUGUAAGUUAGUUGGAUAGUUUGACUAUUUCUGACAAUCAUCCCUGCUGUGAAAUGUGACAUUUCAGUAACUAUUUUUAUUGGGCCAUUACUGUAGUAGUAUCACUAUUAGUUGUACCUGGCAAGACAAACUGGACUUACAGGAUUUAAGCCUACAAGGUUAGAUAGAAUUUAAAAUAGUAGUUAACUUUUAUGUGCAUAAGGGUGAAGUUUUGCUUUUAUUUAUACGUUUAAAUAGGGUCAACUUCUUUGUUGUUUUGAAAUUCACAUUUCUCGGUGCCUUGACGAUUUGUUUAUAAAAAGGACAGGAAUAUGUUACAAUAUAAAAGAAUAUCUCAUCUUUUGUAUAAAAUACAUGUUGAUUUUUAGAUGCUGUAGAGUUUUUAGGAGCCGUUCAAGCGGAAGAGUUGGAACUAAGGACUUCUUUGUUCCUAUUAGGAAGUAAAUUAUUAUUGUCAAUGUGUUAAAAUUGUGGAUUUUUGUUUCUUUCUGUGUGUUUUUUUUUUUUUUCUGUAACUUUAUUAUAAAUUAAAUAGUCCUGGUGCAAAAUGUAUGUAACAAUUAGACCUUUUUUUUUUUCCUUUAGUUCUGCACAUCUGUUGUGCACUGUUAGUGUUACAAAAAAAAAAAAAUUAUUAUUGCCAUGCUUAAUAUCACACUCAUAUUUUUAUUUCUUUUAAAUGAAAAUGCUUAGCACAUGCCAGUUGAUUUUUUUUUCUUUGCAGACAACUUUUCACUAGAUGGAAAGAUUUUGAAUAAUUAUAAAUGUAAUCAAAUUGUUUUGUAAAUAACUAAUCAUAUUUUAUAGAUCUAAUAAACAAAAACACACAUUUUCUUGAUAUUUUAACUUUUUUUUUUUGUACCAGUAUUUAUUAAAGUGCUGAAAUAUGAGAAUAUAGCUUGACUGUUAAUUAUUAUCAUCCAUAUAGAUAAAAGAAAUGUUUUCUGCCUUUGUUAAACCUAACAUGACUCUCUAGAGGUAUGAUUAAUUUUUAUUUUACCAUUGGUCAUACAAGUGUUCAAAAUAAUUAUUGUUAAAAGAAAGAUUAAAACUGCAGACCAUGAA